AUUAUCCUGAUUUUUUUAGAUUAUCCAACUACUAUCAAUAUUAAUGCUAAGCACAAUAAUAAUAAUAGAGUGUCAGGAAGGAGGAUAGUGAUUUAAGUAAGAAGUUAGCUGAUUAAUUUAAGUAAUUUAUUACAUAAAGCAAUAUAGAAUAUGAAAAAGCGCCAAAUGUAGCUGAUUAAGUAGUUUGGGAUUAUUUUAAUUGUAAAUCAUCCUUUUUUAUGUUACCAUAUGCUAUUGAUGCAUAACUAUUGGAUAUUCUUAGAUCUAAUUAGCACAUCAAGCUAAUUUGCUUUCCUAGUAUAAUAGCUCCUUUUAAAAAAGAGACUUUAUUUUAAUCUAUGAAUUUCAAUUCGGUUUCAAAUGAAGUAACGCAAAUUAUUAAUAGUUAUAUGAAUUUAGUUUAGGCAUAAAGUUAAGAUAAUCUGUUUGUAAGAAUGAGUGUCUAAUCUGUAUAAUGCAGUGAUUUGGAUGAUAAAUUUUGGAAAUUAGCUGAAUAACAAAAAAAAGGACCGAUAAUUGUAGAUAGUGAUGGUAAUGUAACAAAGUAACAAGGAAACACAAAGGAAGCAGUUGGCUCGCACAGAACAUCAAUGUUGUAAACAUUCGGACUUGACCUAAAAAUGAAACCUAAGAACAAAGUAUUUGAUCAAUCUCUUUCUCGAUAUAAUGAUGCUGUGAAUGAACUAAUUGACAAAAAAGAUCAGAAGUUGAUAGGAAAUGUAUUUCACUCUGAUUUCUAAGAUUUACUUACUAAAAGAGUGUAACAAUCUACUUUCUAUAUACGGAUAAGGAAUUACUCGUACAUAAGCAAGCUAAAUGAUAUUAAAUAAAAAAUAAAAUAUUUGAUAUUUAUUUAUGUUUUCUUGUAAGUUUAUAUAUAAUAAAAAUAAUACGAAUAAUAAUAUUUUUUCAUUUCUAAAUAUUCAUCUACAAUUUUGUUUUAGUAUUUGGUCUACCUCGUUUCUUCUACACUUCAAUGCUUUCUUCUUAAAUCUAUUAUUGUUAAGUUGAUUAAGUUUGUUGGUUUUCUUCUUAUCCUGAGGAUUAUUCUGAUGUUUUUGGAGCCUUUUUUGUUUGUUCAUACAUGCUAAUGUCUUGUUUCUAUGCUUAUGAGGUUGUGUUUAUCAUACUUUGCAAUUAAUUUUUAAUUUAAGGGUUUAACUAGUUUUAUUAACCUUAACUUUAUUAAGAUUAUCCAUCUUCUUCAUCACUAGAAAUAGGAUUGCUUAUUUUAUAAUCAUCAACACUAUCUUCAUCUAUUCCAUCUUAGGAUCCGAAUUCAUUAGCUGAACCAACUAACUAACCUUGAGCAUCUCUUUUGAAUGCAAACUUACAAUUAUUGUCAUCUGAAAGUUAAUGUGAUCGUUAUUAAUAAGGAACUAAUUAAUCUUCAUCAUUUCGUACAUAGAAUUAUUAUUCUAGUAGCAUAUCACAAUCAAAACAAUGCUCAGCCCAUUGAGCACCUGUUUGAUAAAUAGUUCGAAAUUUAAUGACAGAACUAUCAUCCUUGUUAAUAAUACCAGGGAAUAAGUCAGGUUUCAAAUAAAACUAGGAAUAAGUAGCAUCUGAUAGACCAUCAUAUACUGAUAAACUAAGAUCUUUGAAUCUAGUCGUUAAGUAUGUAUAGUUAUUUUAAUUGAAUGUAAGAGGAUCAUUUAAAUAGUAAUUGAAUGAGUGUAACUAGUUUACGAUUUGUUAGACUGACUUAGCAAUAUUAGGAAUAAUUACGAUUCUAGGCAUAGUGUUAGAUACUGUACUUAUACCUUAACUGACAAAUAACUAAUCUUCUCCCGACUUCUUUUACUAGUAUACAUGUAAUUCACUAUUUAACAUAAACAAUUGUUUACACUUUACUUAAGCAGCUUUAAGUAAUAAUUAAUCUAAUAGCCAGUUGAAUUAAUCUGAAUCGGUCUGUAUUAGAAUUAGCUUUGGACUAUUCCCAGGUUAAAACAGUGACUAAAUUUCAUCUUAUUGUUUUACUAAAUUAGGAUUCUAAUUUGAUCUAAGUUUUUAUUAUUCUUAAUACCUUUUAUCUAUUUCGUCUCUUUGUUUUUUAUUCUUAGCUGAAUAAAGGUCAUAUAUUAAUUAAUAUUCGUUCUCUUCUAUUGUUUCGUAUACACAAUUACAUACACCACCUCUAAAUGAUUAGUUAACAUUAGUAACUUUUUGUUUGGCCGCUUUUAGUGUUUCGAACAUACUUUUUUCUUAUUUCAAUAACUUAUCAAAUGUUGUUUUUGUUAUUAUUUAUUAACAAGAUACUCUUUUGAUAUCAUCGUGAUUUUGAUAUUUGGAGAAGUCUAAUAAUACACAAGGAAUAUAGAACAAAGUAGCAUUUUCCGAAUCCUAUGUGUAGUCAGGUUAGACAAAAUUAUAGUCAACCAUUGUUUAUAAUAACUAAUAUAAAGGAGUAUUUGGUUUAUUAUAAAUUUUAUCUUAGUCUGCCUUAGUUAUCCACUAAUCUGAUUAUCUACAUCUGAGAGAAUGUUUAAGAGAACUAGCUGAGCCAUCUGCAAUUUCUUGUUUAAAUGGCUAUAUAAAUUGAGUAAUUAGUUUAGUAUUCCAGUCUUGAAUUGUGUUUAUAUCUAGCUAAGUUGGAUUGCAUUCUAUGAUGGCUCUAGUUAAUUAAGAUAGAGUAGUUCUCUACUUAAGCACUCUUACUGAUCUGUAACAUUCUGGAACUGUUGUUGUAUAAGAAAGUUGUAUGUGUUACUAUCCAAUUUAAGCAUCACUCUGUUGGGAUUCUUCAUUUAUUAUUUACUUAUUUUACUACAUUUGUUUUUGUUAGUUUUUUGAUCGUAUUCUUCUGUUAUUACUUUCAACCCAUUCCAUCCAUUUUAAUAAAUGGACUAGUUCUGCGACGUGACUAAGUUCAGUAGUUAAUUAGUACGAUGUAUUAGAAGUAGUCAUUAUAAAUGUUACAAUGACGAGUUAUGUUGAUAAAUCUAUUUCUGAGUUUUUAAAAAAGAAAUCUAAAAAUGUAGCACUAUUAUCACUAAAAUUAUUAAGAAUAGAAGUGGAAUACUUUUCAUAGUUAUUAGUAGAAUUUGUAUUUUUAGAUUCCGUAAAAGUCAAUAUCACUUACUUUAAGUCAGACAUUAUGAGCCAUCCUCUCUAAGAUAUUAAACGUUAGAAUGAUAUCUUAUAUUUCAUAGUUUAUCUAUCCAAUUCGGUAUUAAUUUGUUUAUUUUAAUGGUAAAGUAGUAGUUUUUGUUGAUAAGUAUUUC